UCAUGGUUUUUGCUCUUUACCAUUAAACGCUAAAUGCUAUGGUUUUGUUUGUAUGCAUGAUGCAAAACUAACAACAGAGCAAAUUCCAUGUCAGCAAUAAUUAAAAAUUUUAAGUUUAACAGAGGUGUACCAAGGAUAUUAGUAAUGCAUGUACAAAGCACUCUUAUCGAACUUAAUGUAGCUAGGCUAGUUUGAAAAUUCAAAUAUGAUUCAUAUAAAUGUAAUAAAUUUUCAUAGAAAGCUAUGCUGAAAUUGACAAAUAGUUUUUACAGAUAUUUAGCGUUUACAUGUGAGAAGGUUAACAAGGCACAUGUGAGACGAUUCUCGCAUUUGAAUUGUAAACGGAAGACAUGUGGUACGGAGUGCGUGGAUAUAAAACUGACAGCACAGUUCCACUCGAGCCUACAACUGCGACAACACGGCCACGGGAAGAAACGAGUGAAGAUCAAGAUACCGCCUUUGAAUUCCAAUGAGUGUAAUAAGAGACAUAAGCCAAUGAGUGAUCCAUUGCAACCUUCCAUUAAUCAUGCUAGUUAUGGAGGAACAUUUGAUGUUUCAUCAGAAAGUACUGAGGAGUGGCAUCGGCAGAUGGACGCAGCAGCGACCUCGGCUGAAGGCAGGAGGCCUCCGCUCAAUAUACCACCGGACUUUAGAGUGUGGGAAACAGUAGGCAACAGUUGGGAAUGCAGACAGGGUCCAUCAGUGAAGUUCAAAGUGUUAUCUUACAACGUGCUCGCCCAGUACCUACUAGAGUGCCACCCGUACUUAUACACUGACUGCUCGCCGCGCGAUCUGAAGUGGAAGGCCAGGGCUGCGCGCCUCUACGACGAAAUCACCAAAUUGGCACCUGAUAUAUUAUGCUUCCAAGAAGUACAAGCGUCUCACGUAGAAAGUUUCUACUCGCAGUUCGAGCGGAUAGGAUACUUCGGCGUGUUCAAACAAAAGACGGGGCACAGGCAGGACGGGUGCGCCAUCUACUUCAAACAGUCCAAGUUUGAACUCAAGGAUCAUCUUAGUGUGGAGUUCUACCAACCAGAGCUCCCGAUCUUGAACCGGGAUAAUAUUGGUAUAAUAGUGAAGUUGCUGCCUCAUGAGCUCCCGGGUUCGCCCGUCGUCGUUGCCACCACACAUCUGCUGUACAACCCUAAGAGGACAGAUGUCAGACUGGCACAGAUGCAGGUCUUCCUGGCUGAGAUCGACCGUUUCGCUUACUAUGAUAACGGUAGAGAAUCAGGACAUCAUCCUAUAAUAAUGACGGGAGACUUGAAUUCAACGCCAGACAGCGCUGUUAUAAAACUGUUAGAUAGAGGACAUGUUAGCGCAAGUCCUUACCGAGAUAAUUCUGACUGGAGACGCAUAGGAGUGACGGACAACUGCCAACACCUCUCUGUGAUCCUGAACAGGCAGCAGGGGAUAGACACUAAAUUCAGCAAUAUUAAGAUAUAUAACUCGGAGUAUACUGUGGCGGAGGCGGAGUCGUGCGGGUACUCCGCCCUCACGGAACAGUUCAGUUCGAUGUUUAACAGCAGCGUGAUCGGACACUCGCUCAACUUGGGCUCAGUUUACAGCUCCUUCAAAAGUGAUGGACAGUGCGUUGCCACCACCUUCCAAGACUACUGGGUUACCGUCGACUAUAUUUAUUUUAGUUGUUGCAGUGCGUUGAAGGUGGUGGAACGCCUGCGUUUACCUACCGAGACCGAGUGCGAAGUGCUCGGCCGCCUGCCCAACGAGGUGUAUGGCUCCGACCACCUGGCCCUGGCUGCCGUCUUCGAACUCAAGCCGUACAAGUCCACUCUAUAACUCACACAAACAACUCCGGACUACGGAAUAAAUACGCCACGGAAAAAAUGUCCUUGUUAUCUUGCUUAGUACAUUAAGAUGAUUGCUUUUGCAAUACCAAAAAUGAUCAAUAAAAGUUUGGUAUUUCGGGGCGCAUAAAGAAAUGUCUCCUUUUGAAUUUAUUUAGUCUCGCUGUUUUACUGCGGAUGCGAAUACGUACUCGUCCUGUUGGUGUAUUUGUCGAUUGUCGUGCUGUAUACCUCUGACUAAUAAUUUGACAUCGCUUAAUUAAGUAGUAUAUUGGAUUUGUUAAUGACUUAUUUAUUAUAUAUUCUCUUAAACGAAAUAAUCUCUCCCGAGCUGGUUGAAAUAAUUAUUUAUGUCUGUAUUAAAACUAAUAAUUAUGUAUGUAGUUAUUUAAGAAUACCAUGUGGUCACGCCUCUUGCCCGUUUGAUUACUGGUAAGACGUAUUUUCAAUUGACAUCCGAUUAAUUAUCACAAACAAGUUUGCACAUGCCGAGUGAUGUCAUGAAUUGUAUCAUAAUUAGGACUCAGUGGGUCAUAUCUCACUGUCUGGUUAGAAAGUUGAUUGAUUCUGGACAUGUUUAAUAGUGAAUUAGACAUAGACUAGGUACAUAAUUGUCAUAGUUUAGAGCCCUCUUCAGCUCUUAGGCCCAACCACAACCAAAGCAGAGCGGAACGGAAAAAAUCUGAAUUCCGGUAUUCAAACAUGUCAUCUCUGCUCACUUACGGCCAGUUUCUUCAUCAAAAGUUAAAGUUAAAGUAAUGUCUAAAGUUAAAGUAACGGUCAAAUUCGUUUUUUCAAGGCUAAAGUGACAGCAAAAUUCAUAGAAAAAUUGAAUUUAACCGUUACUUUUACUUUAGUCAUUACUUUGACUUUUACUUUGGCUUUAACUUUUGAUGAAGAAACUGGCUGUUAGACAUCACAAAUUACCCUUGAGCGGAGAUAUUAUAUUCUUUAAAAGCUUUUCCGCUCCGCUUUGUCACCUUUACGUGAUAUGGUCUUUAUUCAUUUGCCAACUUUAUCUAGAUUCGUUUAAAAAUGUUAGUAUUCAUAACAACCUUAGGUACAGAAAAAUACGAAACUUUGUCGUGAACAAGUCAUGGUAAAAAACUAAUUUAUUCUGACAACGGUUCAUUACCAGUUCAUCUUUCCCGUGAAUAUGAUUACACGUCGAUUUUUAAACUAUUUGAACUAUAACGCGGACGGGGAUUGGAUUAACUUAACGUAAUUGUAAUAUAUUUCAUUGUUUUAUUUUAUAGAUUUUUAUGUGAUGGAAAGAAUAAAUGAAUAUUUUUUUCUA